UUUCGGAAACUAUUUCGAAACGAGAGGUAACUGAAACACGUUUUCAAAUUUUUGGCUCCAUUUACGAGUAUGUGCAAGAGCUAUCCAAGUGGAAUUUUAAAGUGGAAUUUGUCGGAACUGCUGUAAAGCGUCUAUAGACGUGCCAACUUAAAAUUUCAAUUAUACGUGUUACGGAAAUAACAUGGAUAUAGGCUGUUAAUGUGGACAUUUUGCAAAAUGAGUGUGUUCAAAAAGGUGUUGACACUUUGUGUUUUUUGUGUAAUUUUUGCAUACGGAGAUGAGGAUAUCUUCCAAAAAAACCGCCGCCUAUCAAAAACCAUCGUAGAGGCGUUACAAGAUACCAACUUUGACCAGGAACUGCUCUUCGACCUGAAGAAGGAAAACCAGGUGUACCUUAAUCGCACCAUGUCUCUGCUCAUCAAGUAUAUUGUGAAACGGGAAGUUGACAAUUACCGGUCAAGGCGUACAGAUGCGAUCAGCCGCCGGGUCUACUCCUCACUCAUCAUGAAAUUGAUAGACAUAGCCAAGGAUCUACCCCGCAACUCCACCGCAGCGAGCCGUAUAGACACAGCGUAUCGCUACUACAUGUCGGUAGAGUCACGUGACAUGCACGACCAAAUGGCCGACGUGCAGGUCUUCCACGCGUGUUCACGCCUCUAUGACGUCAUGUUUACUGCUCCGCGAAUAAUAGCAGAUCUAGGCAACUUAGACGACUUAACGCCCAGAAUUCUUGUGAAGAAACUAAAUGCCAUGGAAAUCAAACCGGUGCAUCUUGGUGUAGCCUUACUAAUUCAGUACCACCUGCGAAACACAGCAAACUUCGCAAUCCGAGCCAAGGCAUUAGAAGUGCUAGCCACUAAACCGCAAAUGGUUGGUCCUCAAGUCAUCGACAUGCUGAAAGCCUUGGCGUCCAGGCUGCUGCCGGUCGCCGAGUUGCUGGAUAUACACUUAGCACAUUCCAGCCCUGCUUUUAAGGACACGUGUCCAUCGACUUGGCUAGGUAUUGUUAAUAAUAAACAGCCUUGAAAUAAGA